CGAUGGAUGAUGAACCUAAUUGAGCAUGUAUCCCUUCAAAAACUAGUCCAUCCGAUAAUCAUAGUCCCAUAUAAAAACCCAGCUCCAACUUUGACUGUUUUUCGACCAUGGAUACUUUCGCAGAACCAUACACACGCGCAGGGGACGACAUUUCACUUUCAGCUGUUCGUGAUCAUGUUAGAGCACUCGAAGCACGACACAAAGCCAAUGGUGUUCAACUAUCAGGUCGAAUCAUUCAUGUCUGCCAUUACCUUCCUGUAACGUGCACAAUCACUUCAACCACCACGAGAGAUGGCGUACUCAGUCCACCCCCUACACCUCCUCGUAUCCUUACAGACGUACCACCAAGCCCAACAGAUGAGCUCCCUGCUUCCGUCAACGCUCCACCACUACCUGAACGUUGGAAACUCACUCCACGUUACGGACACAGCGCAAUGACAAGUGGCAUUCGUAGUCUGAGCGUCACACAUGAACAAGUCAUCUUGGGAUGGACUGGGGACAUUCUCUCUCCAGCUGCUCCACCCGAUGGCAAUUCUUCUCCAGAUGGUGACGUCAACCCAUCUACCGGAGAACGCGUGCCUUCUGUACGUGACCGGAUUCCGUCUUCUAGGAUCUCUCAACAGGACAAGGAUGCUCUCGACGUCGAGCUUGCUCAAUACACCGACAAGAACGGGCUUACCACAGUUGAACCCGAAGUUGGUAAACCAAUUACUUAUCUUCCACUCUGGAUGGAGGACAACGUCGCACACGGUCAUUACGAUGGAUAUUGCAAACAAACUCUAUGGCCUCUCUUCCAUUACCUCCUCUGGCAGGACGUAGCGACAGAGCAUGCGAGCGCUGAUGCUAACUACGAGUAUUAUGAGCAGGCCAACCAAGCAUUUGCAACCCGCCUCGCCAGCGUCCUCCAACCAGGAGACCUCGUAUGGGUCCACGACUACCAUCUCUUGUUAGUCCCUCGCAUGCUCAGGAAUGCGAUGCAUUCUGGUGCUGUGAGUGGCGUGGGUGGAGAGAAUGGUGGGGAUGUGGUCAUCGGUCUUUUCGUGCACACGCCUUUCCCGAGUUCUGAGGUGUUUAGAUGUUUACCGCGCCGCAAAGAAAUCCUUGACGGAAUGCUAGGCGCCAACCUCAUCUGUUUCCAAACCUACAGCUACACCCGCCACUUCACUUCGACCUGCGUUCGUGUGUGCGGGUAUGAGACUACUAGUAGGGGUACUAUGACUGCGUCUGCUAGUGCUUCGAGGGGUGCGAGCGUUGCUCCGCGUGGUGCUGGUAGUGCAGGCUCGAGCGGUGGGAGCGGUACCAAGGCAAAUCUCAGUGUACCCACCCGCGGAGCAAGCCUCACGCGCGGAAGCAAAGCGGGCGUUGAGAAAUAUGUAGGCAUCGACGUGCAGGGACAUGUGGCUGCUGUUACGCAUUGUCCGGUUGGGGUGGAUGCGGAGAGGGUUGCGAGGGAUACCCUCCGCGCGGGCAUCCAACCUAAACUCGAAGCCCUUCGCGUGCUCUACGCAGACAAGAAGAUCAUCGUAGGAAGAGACAAGUUGGAUGUUGUCAAGGGGGUUUUGCAAAAGCUCCGCGCGUUUGAGAAGCUCUUGCAUGAUUAUCCAGAGUGGCAGCGCAAAGUCGUGCUCAUUCAGGUGACGUCCCCCGCGUUAACAGACUCUCCAAAGCUCGAACGUCAAGUUUCUGAACUCGUCGCGCAUAUCAAUGGGGAAUAUGGGAGUUUGGAUUUUAUACCCGUACACCACUACCACCAAACCCUUAGAAAGGACGAAUUUUACGCACUGCUGAGCGCUGCAGACCUCGGGGUGAUCACCCCCCUCAGGGACGGAAUGAACACGACCUCGAUGGAGUUCGUGAUCGCGCAAGAGCGCACGAAGCGCUCGCCCCUCGUUUUGAGCGAGUUUAUGGGUAUCAGUCAGCAUAUGGCUGAUGCGCUGCAAGUAAAUCCUUGGGAUCUUGGAGAUGUAGCGGCUGCCAUGAACCGCGGGUUGGUAAUGUCGGAGGAGGAGAAAGCGUCAAGGCACGCGGCGUUGCACAAGGUCGUAACGACUCACACCUCGCACACAUGGGCUGCGGUCCUUGCCAAGAUGCUGCUCUCGCAGAUCAACGGACAAAACACUGCACGUCAAACCCCUUACAUCCCCAGAGACAGGCUCAAAGAGCUGUAUGACAACGCCGGGAAGCGUCUGUUCUUGUUCGAUUACGACGGCACGCUCACGCCGAUCGUCAAGAUGCCGUCGAUGGCGCUUCCCUCUCCUGAUGCACUCACUGCGCUCGCGAAGCUUACAUCUGACCCGAACAAUAUUGUAUACAUCGUUUCCGGUCGGGACCAGGCGUUCCUCGAGGAACAUCUAGGGCACUUCCCGCGCCUUGGGAUGAGCGCGGAGCACGGCGGAUUCAUCCGUUCGCCUGACAGCGCUGUGUGGAUGAAUUUCACUGCGAGUUUGGACAUGGGAUGGAUGGAAGAAGUGGCGGAGAUUUUCAGGUAUUAUACAGAGCGUACGACUGGGAGCCAUAUCGAGAUGAAGAAGAGCUCGAUUACUUGGCAUUAUCGGUCGACUGAUCCGGAGUGGGGACAGUUCCAGUGCAGGCAGUGCCAGGAUUUGUUGGAGAAUAACGUGGUGUCCAAGAGGCCGAUCGAGGUGCUCGUGGGUAAGAAGAAUCUGGAAGUGAGGCCUAUUGCUGUGAACAAGGGCGAGAUCGUCAAGCGUAUAUUAUAUCAGAACCCUGGAGUCGAAUUCAUCUUCUGCGCUGGUGACGACAAGACCGAUGAAGACAUGUUCCGCGCCCUGCUCCUCUUCUCGCCUUCCUCGAUUGGUAAAGUCAUGAUGGAGCCCCCGCUCUCGGUGAUGCUCGUCGACGACACCAAGGAGUACAGUGACGUAGAGCUCGCGGUGUCUCCAGAAGCUGUUUUCACGACUGCUGUUGGACAUAGUAGCAAACGAACGCUUGCGAGUUGGCAUGUGACGACGCCUGAGGAGGUGGUGGAGCAUAUGUUGUAUUUGGUUGGGGAGACUCCUCAGGGAGAGGAGGUGAAGGGGUAUUUGUAAGUCGCGCGCUGCAUGGGGUUUGUUUUUCUUUGUCUUGAGAUACCGUCGUGGAAUAUGUGAUAAGAACAUUGAUGUGCUUGCGCCUUAGAGUUUCUAUAGACAAUAGUUUUUGCUUUGA